CUCCACACAGGUGCAGCCGCUGGUGACCAUGGAGCAGCUGCUGUGGGUGAGCGGGAGGCAGAUCGGCUCGGUGGACACUUUCCGCAUCCCGCUCAUCACCGCCACCCCUCGGGGCACGCUCCUCGCCUUCGCCGAGGCCAGGAAAACGUCUGCCUCCGAUGAGGGGGCCAAGUUCAUCGCCAUGAGGAGGUCCACGGACCAGGGUAGUACAUGGUCCUCGACAGCCUUCAUCGUAGACGAUGGGGAGGCCUCCGACGGGCUGAACCUGGGGGCCGUGGUGAACGACGUGGACACAGGGGUGGUGUUCCUUAUCUAUACCCUGUGUGCUCACAAGGUCAACUGCCAGGUGGCCUCCACCAUGUUGGUGUGGAGUAAAGACGAUGGCAUUUCCUGGAGCCCACCCCGGAAUCUCUCCGUGGACAUUGGCACAGAAAUGUUUGCCCCUGGACCAGGCUCUGGCAUUCAGAAACAGCGGGAGCCUCGGAAGGGCCGGCUCAUUGUGUGUGGCCAUGGGACGCUGGAACGAGAUGGAGUCUUUUGUCUCCUCAGUGAUGACCACGGUGCCUCGUGGCACUACGGGACUGGAGUGAGCGGCAUUCCCUUCGGCCAGCCCAAACACGAGCACGAUUUCAACCCCGACGAGUGCCAGCCCUACGAGCUUCCAGAUGGCUCUGUCAUCAUCAAUGCCCGGAACCAGAACAACUACCAUUGCCGCUGCAGGAUCGUCCUCCGCAGCUAUGAUGCCUGCGAUACCCUCAGGCCCCGGGAUGUAACCUUCGACCCCGAGCUGGUGGACCCUGUGGUAGCAGCAGGAGCAUUAGCCACCAGCUCAGGCAUUGUCUUCUUCUCCAAUCCAGCCCAUCCUGAGUUCCGAGUGAACCUGACCCUGCGCUGGAGCUUCAGCAACGGUACGUCCUGGCAGAAGGAGAGAGUCCAGGUGUGGCCGGGACCCAGCGGCUACUCGUCCCUGACUGCCCUGGAAAACAGCACGGAGGGAGAGCAGCAGCCCCCGCAGCUGUUCGUUCUGUACGAGAAGGGCCUGAACCAGUACACCGAGAGCAUCUCCAUGGUGAAAAUCAGUGUCUACGGCACGCUCUGAGCCCCACCGGCGCCCAAGGACACUACGCGUCAUCUGACCUCACGGCUCUCUCGAGGGGCUGCAGAAAGGGCCUGAAGCACAGCUCUUCCUCGGGAUGCUAGCCUUUUGCAGAGCAGUUUCUCUUUAACAGGGAAGCCACUCCGUUAGGACCUAACAGCUGCCCAGCUGCCUCUCCCAGACAGGAAGUUCCUCCCUCACCAAGAGCACUUUGUAGAAGGCU